AGAGCAGAGAUCCCUCUGUUGAUUGGGCAGACCGAUCAGCCAAUCAGCAUGCGGGAAAAUGGAGUCUGCAAGAGUUGUGCUGCUGGGGGCUCUGUCCGAGGAGGCUUAAUGUUGGCGCGUUGCUGGGCUGGGUUAGGGAGUCCUGCCGAGCCAGCCUGGCCGUCUGCGUGCCGGGAGCUGAGACUCUAUGGAGGCGACGGCACCCUGUGCACAGUCUGCUAAAGCCAUCAAGCCUAUAGACCAUAAAUCAGUUCACCAGAUCUGUUCAGGACAGGUUGUACUGAAUCUAGGCACUGCGGUGAAGGAGUUGGUGGAAAACAGUGUAGAUGCUGGAGCUACUAAUAUUGACCUAAAGCUUAAAGAGUAUGGAGCAGAUCUUAUCGAAGUUUCAGAUAAUGGUUGUGGAGUAGAAGAAGAAAACUUUGAGGGCUUGACUCUGAAAUAUUAUACUUCCAAGAUACAAGAUUUCUCUGAUCUAAUGCAUGUUGGAACAUUUGGAUUUCGAGGUGAAGCUCUGAGUUCACUGUGUGCGUUAAGGUAAAAAUAUUGUGCUUCAUUAGUUGACGUAAAGAUUCCACAUGAAUGCAAAAAUAUGACUUCAGUGAUUAAUGAAACAAGGCUUUGGAAACUUG